AUGAGAUGGGUUGAAUUAAUGAUUGGUAUGAUAAUGCCCAUGAUUGAGAGCAAGAAUAUGGAGGACAAGAAUGGUUCUGGGCCCCUGAAACUGAGUAGGGUUGUUGUCCCCUCGCAUUACGACUUGCAUGUGAAGGUGAUGGAUGCAGGGUUCUGUGGGAGUGUGGGGAUCCAGGUGGACAUUUCUGAGCCUGUAGAUGAGAUUGUGAUGAAUGCAAAGGAGCUUGAGAUAUGGGAUGCAGGGAUUGUUGUUGGAGACAAGAGGAUCGACGGAGAGGUAGUUGUUGGGGAUUAUGAAAAGGAGUAUGAGGUUGUACGGCUCCGAUUUCCAUCUAGGAUACCGAAGGGAGAAGGGUAUAUUGUAGCGGAAUUCUGUGGGGACUACAACUCUGGGUUGGUAGGAUUCUACAAGAGUGGAGGAGACUCGAAGAUCUACAGCACACACUUUGAACCAACAGAUGCAAGAAGGGUGUUUCCAUGCUUUGACCAGCCUGACAUGAAAGCAACGUUCAGCAUUUCUCUUGAUGCACCGGCAAACCUUGUUGUUCUAUCGAACAGCCCUGCGGUGGGAUCGUCUCGAAAGGAGUAUGGAGACAGGGCGAUUGAGUAUUUUGAAAAGACAAGCAAGAUGUCUACAUACCUUUUGCAUUUGUGA